AGAAAAUAAAGAAAGAAACUCAAUGUUUAUCAAACAAGAUUUUGCUAGAUAUCCAUCAGAAUUCUCUUCGACACAUGUUUAUUUAUAAGUGGAUUUAUUCUUUACAAGUUGAUAAAACAUAAUCCAACCACAAAACGCUUUACAAAUAAGCCAUGCAAAUACACAAAUCACUCAAAAGUUAAAACACUCUUUCAUAAAAGCCAUUUCUUUCUCUCCCAUAAUCUCUCUCAAUGGCUUCUAACCAUAAUACUCUUAAUUCUUCAAGAGUAGCGAUCAUCGGUGCUGGUGUCAGCGGCUUAGCAGCUGCUAAACACUUAGCUCGACAUAAUCCGACCGUGUUCGAAGCCUCGGAUUCGGUGGGAGGUGUUUGGAGGAACUGCACUUACGGGACGACUAAGUUACAAUCGCCUCGAGCCAGUUACGAAUUCUCUGACUUUCUAUGGCACGAUGGGAAUAAUACUGCUUUCCCAACUUACGUUGAGAUAUUAGAUUACUUGGAAUCUUACGCUAAGCAUUUUGAUCUUUUCAAGUACAUCAAGUUUGGCUCUAAGGUCACUGAAGUUAGGUUCAACGGUGAAGUUGAAGCUCCACAGAUGGUUGGCCUCGGUGAUUACGGCAACUUGUUGCCCGGAAAACCUGUCUGGGAAGUCGCUGUUCAGACCAGAGAUAGAAAUCCUGAAGAUAUUCAGUGGCAUGCAUUUGAGUUCGUAGUCAUAUGUACCGGAAAAUAUGGUGAUGUACCAAGAAUACCGACGUUUCCUUUGAAGAAAGGGCCGGAAAUAUUCAAUGGGACAGUAAUGCAUUCGCUGGAUUACUGCAAGUUAGAGAAAGAAGAAGCUUCCCAUCUCCUUCGUGGCAAGAAAGUCGCCGUCGUUGGCUUCAAGAAAUCCGCCAUUGAUUUGGCUUUAGAGUCUGCUUUAGCUAAUCAAGGAGAAGGAGGACAAGCAUGCACAAUGGUGGUGAGAACACCACAUUGGGUGAUUCCGCAUUACUGGAUUUGGGGCCUACCAUUCUUCUUGUUCUACUCAACUAGAGCUUCUCAGUUCAUCCAUGAUAGGCCUAACCAAAGCUUCCUUAGAACCCUCUUUUACCUCCUAUUCUCACUUCUGCGUACUGUGGUAUCCAAAUUCAUUGAAUCAUAUGUUAUGUGGAAGCUUCCUCUAAAAAAAUAUGGUCUUAAACCUGACCAUCCUUUUGAAGAAGACUAUGCUUCUUGUCAAAUGGCUUUAGUACCGGAUAAUUUUUUCGAAGCAGCAGAUAAAGGGAUGAUCCGGUUUAGGAAAACAUCAAAAUGGUGCUUUUAUGAUAAAGGGAUUGAGUUUGAGGAUGGGACUACGCUAGAAGCUGAUGUUGUGAUACUCGCCACUGGUUAUGAUGGAGACAAGAAACUCAAAGCCAUUAUUCCUGAAGCUUUUCGAACUUGGCUUGAGUUUCCAUGUGGCCUCAUGCCUUUGUACAGGGCAACAAUCCAUCCAUUGAUACCAAACAUGGGCUUCGUGGGAUACGUUCAAAGUAACUGGAACGUACGCACAGCAGAGCUAAGUUCCAUGUGGUUAAGCCGGCUCAUGGAUGAGAAAUUCAAAUUGCCGAGCAAAGAGAAAAUGUUGGACCAAUUCUUUAAAGAAGUAGAAGUGAUGAAAAGGUCGAGCAGAUUCUAUACAAACCAUUGCUUUUCUACUUUCAUUAUCCAACAUGCUGAUGAUCUGUGUAAUGACAUGGGACUCAACCCUUGGCGAAAAUCCAACUUCUUCCGUGACGUAUUUUGUCCUUAUGGUUCUCAAGAUUAUCGAUUUGAUCAAGAAGAAACUUAAAAUUUAGUUUUAUGUUUGUUUUUUUUAAUUUCUUCUUUCCAAAAAAAAUAAUAAAAAUAAUGGAAAUUUAUGUGCUUGUCGGAAAGAAAUGCUUUUAACCAAGAUGUAAAAUAGAGAGAUCAAUACCAAAAUUGAUAUUGUGACUU